ACUCCAUUAUUCAAUUAUUUUAGUGUUGUUGAUCGUAGGCUCUGUUUUUGUAGAAAUCAAAUUUGUCAUAAAAACGAAUGCCGCAUUAAAAAAAGAAAAGAAAAUCUAAUGAAGGGUCAAUUAUCAAUAUCUUAAAAUCACAAUAUCUUUAUCAAUAUCUUUAAUCUUUAACACAUGAAACUUAUAUCCAUGUAUAAAAUAAACUUGUCAACUUGUUAGUUCAUUUCAGAGUAUAAUACUUUUGCGGAUUUCGGAGGAAGAUAAAAAUGUGAAGAAACAGCGGGGAUCACUUGCAUCAAUAUUUUGCCACUCUUUUUACGGCCCCUCGAAUCGAAGAAUUGCUCUUUAGUCAUAAAAUUCUAAUAUUUAAUGGGAAAAAUAACAAAAAAAAACACUUAUUUUUCUUUUUUUACUUGAUAAAAAGUUAAAAACCAUAACUAGUAAAUAAGGAUGAAUGAAUUUUUAUUUUUCAUAAGUCCCACUAGAUGGCGAACAAACUUGUCCCAGGCUUACUUUUAAUAAUUUUAUGGAAAGCCAAUGAGAAUUAAAAUUUUUGUCACGUGGCUCACUUUUUAUCCAUCUAAGUUGCAAGCUAAAAUUAUUGUAAAACAAGUGUUUUAAUAUGGUUAUAAUAGCCUUUCUUUUGUUUGUUGUUGUAUGAGUAACUUUUUCUUGCUUGUCUUCUGAAAUUGACAAUUAAUGCUCCAUAUUUUCCCAUUCUUAUUAGAAUCAAGAAUCAAUGAAUAUUCUGAUGCAUUCAACAUAAUCUAACAACAAAACUUGUGAAGUUACACAUGUAAACCAACUUCAUCGAAUUCAGUUGGGAAGAAUAUAAAUUAAUCAUUUAUCAUACCUUUAUUUCAUUACUUCAAUAUUAACUUUAUAACUGAUGCAUGGUCUCAAAAGAGUUCCCUAUGAACUAAAGCAAUAUUUCAAAACUUAUCUGUAUCAUAUAUGAUAAAUUUUUGACUUCUAGAAAUCUGGAGUGAAAUGUAAUGAACUCGAUUAAACAAAUCAUUUGAGACUUAAUAUCUUAAGAACCCAAAAUGAAGAUACUUUAAUUAUAAUUUAGUUUAGGAGAAUUCUAUCUUUCAUAUUAAUCUGGAAAUGAAGUUUUAAACCUGAAUCAACUUUCUCCUAGGGCACCUGAAGAAAUUAUUUGAACUUUAUAUGCAUUUGAAAUUUUAGACUAUAUUUUUACAAAGAUAUUCAUUAAAAUCCUAGAAGUUUUUAUUUUAUAUUUGUGAAAAAUUUGAAUUUUAUUUUUCAUCAUAUUCAACUAAUUGGUGUUUUCAUAAAUGAGACUGGAUAUGCUCAAAACAAAACAGAAAUAAAAAACAGAAUCACCGAUAUGUCCGUAGAUUUAACAAAUGUAUCAAAUUCUCUUGCGCAUAAUAAAAGGCCUUAUUCCUGCCAAAUAUGUAAUAAAACUUUUACUCAAAAGGGGCACCUAAAGCAACAUACUCUAACUAUUCAUGCUAAAGUGAAACCUUUUUCUUGUGACGUAUGUAAUAAGAGUUUUGCGCGUAAAGACAAUUUAGCCGUUCACCGUUUUGUUCAUACAAAUGAUAAACCAUUCUCCUGUAAUAUAUGUGCACGAAUCUUUUCACAAAAAAGUGCUCUAAUUAAGCACUGUCUUAUUCAUUCCAAAGGUAAACCUUACUCGUGUAGUUUGUGUGGUAAAACAUUUACUCGAAUUGGAAGUUUAAAGGAUCAUGCUUUUAUUCAUACCAAUGAAAAGCUUUUCUCCUGUGAUGUUUGUCAUAAGAGUUUUACACAAGAAAGAUAUAUGAAAGAGCAUUAUGCCAUUCACACUAACGAAAAGUCUUAUUUUUGUAUGUAUUGUGAUAAAAGUUUUAUCCGAAGAGCAGACUUGAAAAAACAUUGUAUUGUUCACACGGGGGAGAGACCUUAUUCCUGUAGCAUAUGUAAUAAGAAGUUCUCUCAAAGAAGUUCCGUAAAUACUCAUGCCCUUGUUCAUUCAAAGGAAACUCCUUUUUCGUGUAAUUUGUGUAAUAAGCAAUUUACACAAAGAAGUAAUUUAAAAAGACAUCUGCGUGUUCAGCAUUCUAGUGAAGAAAAUCCUCCAACUUGUGUAUCUGAAAAAGUUGAUUUAGUUACUGAUGAUAAUGCUGAUAUAUAAUAAGAAAUUCUCUCAGGGAAGUUCUUUAAAUACUCAUGUUUUUGUUCAUUAAAAAGAAAUGCCUAUUUCGUGUAAUUUGUGUAAUAAACAACUCAAAAAGACAUCUGGAUGUUCAACAUUCUGGUUGAGGAAGUCCUCUAACUUGUAGUAGUGUGUCUGAAAAAGUUGCUUUGGUUAUUGAUGAUGCUCUUGAUGAUCAAAAGAAGUUUAUAUACCCUCCUUGCUAACUAAUAAAAAAAUUUUUUUUUGUUAACAGAAGGGAAAAACCUUAUUCUUGUAGCAUAUGUAUUAAGAAGUUCCAUCAAUACUUGUGCGCCGCUGUUCAUUCAAAAAAAUCGCCUUUUUCAUGAAAAAUUUUACACAAAGAAACAAUUUAAAAUGACAUCCAAUUGUUUAACAUUCUGAUUAAGAAAGUGAUCCAUCUUGUAGUAGUGUAUCUAAAAAAAUUGUUUCAGUUACUGGAGAUGCUCUUGAUGAUAAAAAAAAAUAUUAAUAUACUUUGAUAAUAACUCUGAAUAAAAAAAGUUAAAGAAAAGAAACAUAUAAUUUGUGUUUUGUGUAGCAAAAUGUUUUAGCAGAAAAGUUGUUAUUUGAAAGGAAAUAUCUUAGUCACCCUACAUAUAAAUAUUUGCAUAUAUUUAAUCAAAAAGGUUGCUAUUUAAAAAAGAAACAUCUUAGUCACUCCACAUAUGAGUAUUUUCAAAUAUUUAUGCAAAAAGACUACCAUUUAAAAGGAACCAUCUUAGCCAUCCCACAUAUGAAUAUUUGAAAUGUAUGCGGUAUAAUUUUCAUUAAGCAAUUUAUUUAUUUUUUCAGAUUUGUGUACUUUAAUAAAGUUUAGCAUAUUUCUUUCACUGCAAAGAAGAAAAAAAACUGUUAUUUAUGAGAGAAAAAAAAAGAACACUAUUUUUCCCUGUGCACAAGAAAAAUUAUUUUAUUAAAACUGACUUAUUUAUGAAAUAACUCCUUUUAUAAUGUGUAGAUUACAAUAAAUGUUACAGAUCACUUCA